CAGUUGCAGUGAGCAUCUGAGUUCGGGAGCUGAAGGUCUGGGCGGGCGGGGGGGCUCUUCUAGGGAGGCGGCCGGACUUGGAUCCGAGCAGCGCUUAGUAGACGCGGUGCAACCGGAGAGAGCCACCAUGGGGACGACAGCCCCAGGGCACAUCCACCUGCUGGAGCUUUGUGAUCAGAAGCUCUUGGAGUUUGUCUGCAAUGUGGACAAUAAGGACAUGGUGUGGCUGGAGGAGAUCAAGGAGGAGGCCAUGCGCAUGUUCACCAGAGAAUUCAGCAAAGAGCCUGAGCUGAUGCCCAAAACACCCUCUCAGAAGAACCGACGGAAGAAGAAGCGGAUUUCUUACGUUCAGGAUGAAAACAGAGACCCCAUCCGGAAAAGGUUGUCCCGCAGAAAGACUCGGAGCAGCCAGCUGAGCUCCCGGCGCCUGCGCAGCAAGGACAAGGUGGAGCAGCUGGCCCUCAUGGCAGGGGAGAAUGGCUCCAUCCCACAGCGGGUGACCCGUGCUGCGGCCGCCGCUGCAGCUGCAGCUGUGGCAGCCACCAUGGCUGCUGCUUCGCCCACCCCCGAGUCUCCCACAGUGCUGACCAGGAAGCCCACGGACAGUGUCACCCAGGACCAGCUGGUGCCCAUGGUGGAGAUAGGUGCCAGCGAGCGCUACUCUGCUGACGAGCGCCUCAACCAGCUCAGUUCUUCCCGGGCUGCGUCCCCAACCCUGGCUGCAUCCGCUGCUCCAGCCUCUCAGGUCACUGUGAUGCCAGACGGGGAAUCAACACCCAAGAAGUCAGAGGCUGGGAGACUGGAGUCUGUCGCUGUGAGCUCCCUGAUGGCUACGCCGCAGGACCCCAAGGGCCAAGGGGUCAAUUCAGGCCGGUCUGCCUCCAAGCUUAGGAUUGCACGGACCUCCCCAGGCCCCCCGGACUCACCUGGCUCUCCAGCCUCCCCAUGGCAGCAGCGGGUGCUGGCUCCCAUCCUGCCGGAUAACUCCUCCACAUCCGCGGGCUCCCGUGUGGACCGGCAGCCAGUGCUGCGCAGCCUGCUCACCUCAUCCUUCCCGGAUAACCAGGAUGCUCUGGCCCAAAAAUACUCCCUGGUUGCAAAGCCAGAGAGCACCGUUCGCAGGCCAAGCAGAAGAGUCGCCAAGAAGGCCACCAAAGAGCCGGCCGCCUCUGCCCGCAUCAUCUGUCACAGUUACCUGGAGAGGCUCCUGAAUGUCGAGGUGCCCCAGAAAGUCAGCCCCGAGGAGGACUCCAGCGAGGAGGCUGAGCCCGUGGAGGAGGCCGAGCCGGCGGUCCCCAAGAAUGAAGGAAGUACAUCGUCGCCCCGCAGUGCCAACAAGAUUGUUGUUAGCACAUCCCACUCACAGCCUGUGGCUGGUAGCCAGGAAACACCCUCUGCAGGGCAGCAAGAGGCCAGGACUGGUCCAGCAGAUGGCCCCAAGGAGCCACCCCAGAGUGUCAGGAGGAAGCGCAGCUACAAGCAGGCCGUGAGUGAGCUGGAAGACGAAGAGCAGCCCCUGGAGGACGAGGAGCUGCAGCCCCCCCGGAGCAAGACCCCUUCCCCGCCCUGUCCAGCCAGCAAGGUGGUGCGGCCUCUGCGGACCUUCCUGCACACCGUGCAGAGGAACCAGAUGCUCAUGACCCCGACCUCGGCCUCCCGCAGCAGUGUCAUGAAGUCCUUCAUCAAGCGCAACACUCCCCUGCGCGUGGACCCCAAGUGCAGCUUCGUUGAGAAGGAGCGGCAGCGCCUGGAGAACCUGCGGCGGAAGGAGGAGGCAGAGCAGCUGCGCAGGCAGAAGGUCGAGGAGGACAAGCGGCGGCGGCUGGAGGAGGCGAAGCUGAAGCGCGAGGAGCGCCUCCGCAAGGUGAUGCAGGCCCGGGAGCGGGUGGAGCAGAUGAAGGAGGAGAAGAAGAAGCAGAUCGAGCAGAAGUUCGCCCAGCUGGAUGAGAAGAAUGAGAAGGCCAAGGAGGAGCGACUGGCAGAGGAGAAGGCCAAGAAAAAGGCAGCAGCCAAGAAGAUGGAGGAGAUGGAGGUGCGCAGGAAGCAGGAGGAGGAGGCACGGAGGCUGAAGUGGCUACAACAGGAGGAGGAAGAGCGGAGACAUCAGGAGCUGCUGCAGAAGAAAAAGGAGGAGGAGGAGCAGGAGCGGCUGCGAAAGGCGGCAGAGGCCAAGAGGCUGGCGGAGCAGCGGGAGCAGGAGCGGCAGCUGGCGGAGCAGCGGGAGCAGGAGCGGCGGAGGGAGCAGGAGCGGCUCCAGGCCGAGAGGGAGCUGCAGGAGAGGGAGAAGGCCCUGCGGCUCCAGAAGGAGAAGCUGCAGAGGGAACUGGAAGAGAAGAAGAAAAAGGAACAGCAGCAGCGUCUACAGGAAGAGCAGGAGAAGAAAGCCAAAGAGGCUGCAGCGUCCAGCAGAGGCCUGAACACGACCGUGGACGUGCAGUCUCCAGCUUGCACCUCGUAUCAGAUGACUCCACAAGGGCACAGGGGUCCCCCCAAGAUCAACCCGGAUAACUACGGGAUGGAUCUGAAUAGCGAUGACUCCACUGACGACGAGGCCCAUCCCCGGAAGCCCAUCCCCGCCUGGGCCAGAGGCACCCAGCUCAGCCAGGCCAUCAUCCACCAGUACUAUCACCCCCCGAAUGUGCUCGAGCUCUUUGGAACCAUCCUCCAGCUGGACCUGGAGGACAUCUUUAAGAAGAGCAAGCCUCGCUACCACAAGCGCACCAGCUCUGCCGUCUGGCACUCGCCGCCCCUGCAGAGCACCAGGGUCCCUGGCAGUCUGACCUACAGCCUGAAGAAGUACUGAGGCAGGCCCGCCAGCCCUCUCGGCAGUCACAGCCUUGGCCCCCGCCCGCUCAGAGGCUGCUCUCGGUGGGUGUCUGGGGAAGUGCCAGCCCAGCCCCACCUGGCCUGCGGGCGGCACUCUGUAAAUACUGAUGGGUUGUUGUAAUUUUAGCUUCUAGUGUUUGAGAGCUAGGUUAAUAAAGUCUAUUCCUUGAAGCCUGCUGUGGGUUUUGUGAAGACCAAGGGCCCUGGACCCUAGCCCUGUGGCUGUGUAUCUUGGGCCACUGGACGGGCUGGAGGAGCAAGGCACUAUAUUGCUUGUCCUGGGGUGUGCUUCAAGGCUACCUGGGCCCCACUCACAGAGAUGAUGAUGCCAUCCCUGGGUGACCCCAAGAAACAUUUCUGCUACUCUCGUGAUGGGGCAGGUGAAGAUACUUCCUGUUUUUCUGGGGAGCUUCCUGCUUAUAAAGGGGCUGGGCCUUCAGUGGUCGGGAGAACUGGGCUCUUGACACAGCUCUGUCAUUAGGGCAGGCCCUCAGCCCCUUGCUGCAGAAGGUGACAGGGGUUGAGCUGCUUAAGGAGGAUUAGAUGUCUCUCCCAAUUACCUUGGGGCAAAUGCUUGCAAGCAGCUGAGAUGUUUCUCCAAUAAAACCAGGCCGCUGCUAACUAAAUGCUCAGUGCUAAUGGAAGCUGGCCCUGGUCCUGCCGGUGAGCUGCCAGCCCCUUGGUCUCUGCUGCUCCGGCCCCUGGAUGGCGUCAGUGGGCCCAGUCAAGCUACAGCCCGUUUCUGCAUAGCUUUAUUAAAACCCAUCCAACAGGAUCAAAUGCCCACUGGGUGCUCUGCUGAGGGCAGAGUUAAGUAGUUUCAACAGAGGCCAUAAGGCCUGCAGAGCUGAAAGUAUUUACUAUGACCCUUUAUGGGAAAAGUUUGCUGACUUCUGCUUUAGGACAAAAUACAGGCUAAAUUCAAGAGUGCUUUAAAGAAAUGAUGCGGUGAACAUGUGGUAGGCUGAACUCGAGAUUCCACCCAUGCCAACAAAAAUAUCUUACACGUCACUCAAAAAUGGUGCACAAUUCAAAUUUGUCCCAUAUGUCCUCUUCCUGGAAACCUGUGUUGACUCAAUUGAUGAGCAUCUUUGUCUAAAGUCACAAUGUCAAAAUGGUAUUUCUUGUAAGCACAUUUAUAUAGUGCGUCUGAGAAAAAGUCGUUACUUGGCAAAGAGUUCCAGUUGUUCUGCAUCUUCAUCAACACUUGGAAUUGUCAGUAUUUUAUAUUUUAGCCAUAUUGAUAGAUGUGUAGUGAAAUCUCACCCUGGUUGUAAUUUAUAUUUCCCUAAUGGAAUGAUGGUGAAUAUCUUUUCAUGUGCUUAUUUGCCGUCUGUGUAUAUCCUCUUUGAUGCAGUGUCUGUUCAAAUCUGUCCAUUUUAAUUUUUUCUUUCUUUUUUUGCCUUUUUUUCUUUUAUUAUUUUUAUUUUUCUAAUUUUUUUGGUUCAUUUUUAAAUGGGUAGUUUAAAAUGGGUAGUUUUCUUAUUGUUGAGCUUAGAGUCUGUGUAUUAUGGAUACUAGUCUGUUGACAGUGAUGUGCUUUGCAAUAUUUUCUCCUAGUCUGUGUGUGUCUCUUCACUCAACUGGUUUUCGUAGAGUGACAAUUUUUCUUUGAAGUCCAGUUUAUCAAUUUUUUAUGAAUUUUGCCUUUUGGUGUCAUGUCUAAGAAAUGUGUCUAGCCUCAAUUCUUGAAGAUUUUCUUCUAAAUGUUUUAUAGUUUAACAUUAAAGUUGGAUUUAUGAUCUA